AUGAAAACGGAUACAACAGUCUGUGUUAGUCUGUUUGACUCUUUGGCUCUUGCUUUCCAUAGCAAGCUCGAUGGGUACGGGAGGGAGCCAAGAUUUGUUCUUGCCACCGGCAUCAAUCCUAAGAUGGUUGCGGGAAAAGCUGAGAUUGACAGGCGAGACAUUCUCCUUUGUAAAUUGAUUCUCUCUUUUUCACCAGUGAACAAUCAAUGUAAGUUUCCGACAUCUCACUGUGAACUUUCGAAACUUAGAUGCGUGUGGGUGUUCUUGAUUCAGCUCAUCAGCGAGUGGGUUCCUUUGGGGGGGAUUGUUUUGGAACCUCCUUGUCCGAGAAGGGUCGAUGGGAUUAGCAUUGACCCUGAGCCUAACUGGAACUUUGAUAGCUUACUCUCUGAAAUCGAGUCUGUUGAGAAGAAGCUCAAUGUAUUUUCAAAGUUUCCUCAGCCUUUCACUCAGACAACCUUACGGAGAGGUGGAGGUUUUGUAAUGCGUGUAUCAGAAGAUGAGAUGGAAAGUGAUGUAGAUGAAGAGAGUGAUGAAGAAGAAGAAGAAAAAGAUCAUAGCCAAAUCUGUACGAAAGGGAAACAUUUUGCUUGUGAUGAGCUAUACCUGAGUGAUGAAUCUGAUGAUGAGUUUGACUGUGAACCCGAGUCCUUUCUGUUGAGUAAGAUGGGUUUGGCUGAGAAUAUUAAGAGUCAAGUAUCAGUUGCUGAAACGGAAAUGUUGCAAGAGAUUGAAACCUUUCGCUCUGCAAUUGCCCGGGUUGAAAAGUAUAAAGAAACUAGAAAAGAAGUGGAGCGUAAACUUGACCUUCAGUACCAGCGAAAAGUGUAAGCUAUG